CGCAACAGCCUCCAUCACUUACACAGCUACUCCAACCUACUUCAGUCCAUAUCGCAUACCACUCGCAUCACAUCUCAUCUCAUCAUCUGCUGCUGAGCUCCUCGCUCUCUCUCUCUCUCCACCUCAGUGUCCGCUCGAGGUCCGAGCACACUUCGCCAAGCUCAGACCACCGUUCCAGUUGCAGCCCUCACAGAGCCAGGCAGGCUCCCUUGCUACUUGGUAGCCACUCUUCUCGCACCAUCUCAUAGUGAUCCGCGCUUUCCCUUGCGGUCAUUGCCGACAUGCUUCCAGCGCAGAGGAACAAGGUCGACAUCAAUUCCCUCACGGAAGAGGAGCAGAAGCUCUUCCGCCUGUACGGCAAGCUACCUCAGAGGAAAGACCUUCUGGGCAACAAGCUCAAGGAGCGCAAGUACUUUGACUCUGGAGACUACGCCCUGUCCAAGGCGGGUAAAGCGCCCCAGCAGUCCGUAGGCACUGCCAUCCCCAAUCCCGAGACGAUUCCUCACGCGAGCACCGUCUCCUCUCCUCCUACGUCCAAUGCCAUGCCUGCCGGCUCUCCCACGGGCACCGCCAGUACCCUUCACAAUGGCAAUGGCCAAUCCCCCUUUGGAUCCGGAGUGGCAGCUCAGGGUGGAGUAGGCGUAGGUGCUGGCCAGCCUGGUCAGGGUGCAAGCGGCGCUUCGAGCAUCCCCAUUAGUGUGCCCGGAUCGAUGGCAAGCAGGCAGGGACCCACGGCGGGAUCUUUCCCUACUGCGACCGGUAUGGCGGGAAGUCCCUCUGGUAAAGAGGGAAGUAGUCUGGGGAGGGAAGAGGUAAAGGCAGAGGAUGCAAUGGAAGAGUAGGUGGUGGAGGGUAGCGUGGUGCACAUAGCAGGACGGGCUCAGAAGGUACGCAGAGCAAGGUCUCGGGAGCGGUAAUUACUCUUUUGGCAAGCACAUGUUUCGAAGCAUUCUUUCCCACUACUAUCAUCAAGGCGGAUCAGGACAGGCGGGCGUCUAGGCAUUGGCGCUUCAGCUGGACUCCCCCAGAGGCUCCUGCUCCUCUUCUUUGGAUCUAAACAAUUACGUGGUCUCUGGUCUUCCCCUCGACAGAGCGAUUGUUCCUACUGUCGAGCUUCACUCAGGCACACACGCAAGUAUUCCCUGCUCCCACUCCUAGCGAUGUCCUGAGACGGCCAUGCAAGUUCAAAGGACCAGCGGGACAUGCAAACGAUGCCUGUCGAGGAGCUAUGGAGGAGGUGGGGUCAUGAUCGGGUCUCAAUGUCAGCGUCGAUGUCGGAAUAUCUGUAGUGUCAGGGGCAUCACUUUCUCUCCCUCUCUCUCUCUCGCUCGCUCGCUCGCU